GGGCAGCCAAUGGCUGCGUGUCUAACCGGUAUAUAAGCAGAGGGCAAGGUCCUUCAGAGUUGGGUGACCUCUAUAUUUUGGCUCUGGUGAACAGGAUCUGAUCCCAAGGACUGUUACUUUUUUUCUUGUCUGGUCUGCAGUGUUAAACACAAUCAUGCCUUUCGGUAACACCCACAACAACUUCAAACUCAACUUUAAAGUUGAGGAGGAGUACCCUGACCUCACCAAGCACAACAACCACAUGGCCAAGGUGCUGACCAAGGACAUGUACGCCAAGCUGAGGGACAAGCAGACAUCCUCCGGCUUCACCCUGGAUGAUGUCAUCCAGACCGGAGUUGACAACCCUGGUCACCCCUUCAUCAUGACCGUUGGCUGCGUGGCUGGUGAUGAGGAGUCCUACGAGGUCUUCAAGGAUCUGUUGGACCCCAUCAUCUCAGACCGUCAUAGUGGAUACAAGCCCACAGACAAGCACAAGACUGACCUGAACUUCGAGAACCUGAAGGGAGGUGAUGACCUGGACCCCAACUACGUCCUGUCCAGCCGUGUGCGUACCGGGCGCAGCAUCAAGGGAUACACCCUGCCCCCCCACAACAGCCGUGGCGAGCGCAGAGCAGUGGAGAGACUGUCUGUCGAGGCCCUGGACACCCUGGACGGUGAGUUCAAGGGAAAGUACUACCCCCUGAAUAAGAUGACCGAUGCCGAGCAGGAGCAGCUGAUCGCUGACCACUUCUUGUUUGAUAAGCCCGUCUCCCCUCUGCUGCUGGGCGCUGGUAUGGCCCGUGACUGGCCCGAUGCAAGAGGAAUCUGGCACAACGAUGCCAAAAGCUUCUUGGUCUGGGUGAACGAGGAGGAUCACCUGCGUGUCAUCUCCAUGGAGAAGGGUGGCAACAUGAAGGAGGUCUUCAGACGCUUCUGCGUUGGUCUGAAAAGGAUUGAGGAGACUUUCAAGAAGCACAACCAUGGCUUCAUGUGGAAUGAGCAUCUCGGCUAUGUGCUGACUUGCCCAUCCAACCUGGGAACCGGCCUGCGCGGUGGCGUGCACGUCAAGCUGCCUAAGCUGAGCACACAUGCCAAGUUUGAGGAGAUCCUAGGCAGGCUGCGUCUGCAGAAGCGGGGCACAGGUGGCGUGGACACCGCCUCCGUGGGUGGAGUGUUCGACAUCUCCAACGCUGACCGUCUGGGCUCCUCCGAGGUGGAUCAGGUCCAGAUGGUGGUCGACGGUGUCAAGCUCAUGGUGGAGAUGGAGAAGAAGCUGGAGAAGGGAGAGGCCAUCGACGGCAUGAUCCCCGCCCAGAAGUAAAGAGUUGUUGACGUCGCUAUUCAUCUUUUGUUUUUCUAUUGUCAAGUCACGUGAAAUCGAGCCAACCAACUGCCGCGCAGAGGGAACUGAAGGUCGCUCUAGAGACUCUUGACUGCUGCUCACAUCUUUUUCUUCAGCCUUUAUUUUUCUCCUUUUUUCCCCCCCUUUUCUUCCUUCAGACGGUUUUUUCCACUUCUCUCCUGUUCAGUCAGUAACAUCCUGGGAUCAGUCUCCACUAGUCGGCUUGCCUGACUGAUGUGGCAUCACCUUAAUUUGAACUUUGGUUCUAAAAAGUUAUCAUUUAAAUUGUGAUUCAAUAAACCUGGCCCCAUGAACCAAAACGGA